AUACACCUUUAAUUUCCAGAUGGACUAUUUAUCUAAAUUAUUUUAACUAAAAUUAUCUAAAUUACUUCAUUUUAUCAAACAUUUAAGAUUUUCUGACAAUUAUUUUAUUUACUGAUCCAUUGUCUGAAUUUGUGAUUUAAAGAAAAACAGUUUCUCAAUAUAAGCACUUGAAAAAUUUAUAAAACAUCCAAUUUAACCUUGGAUAGAUCAUUGAUUAUCCUUUUAAAUGAAUUGUUUGGGAUCGUUGCAGUAAACACCUUCCUGCUGAAAUAUGGUUUUCUGUUUGUCUGACUGACUAUUAAUUAAGCCAUAAAUUACUGACGAUGCUCAGGAUCCAUAUAAGCAAUUUACUGCUGACAAGUUAUGUUUGUUCACCGCCGCUGCAGGAAAUUCUCUGCCCUGCAUUUCACCUCAUUACAUCCCACAAUUUACUCUUCAGAGACUUUCUCUGCCAUAAAACAGUGCACUUAGACAGCUUUUAUGGUUUGAAACCUAAAAGUGUCUGUGGGCACCCAACCGCUCUUAUGAGCACAAGCUGGAAACAUAGAAGCACAUUUAAACACUUUCUUGGUUGCUCACUUUGCAAAAUGUUGUCUUAUUUUAGGCCCAAAAAUGUGAAAUAUAUUUAAAGGUUGAAUGCUGAUGUGGCCAUGCAGUUCAUUCCUGCAGAAAUCCCUACAAUAUACUAGUUUAAAUUACAUUGAAUUAGGCUUGAACCCAUGAAAGCUAAAAGAGUUUUUUCCAUCAUACAAAACAUAUUUGAUGACGUCACCCAUCAUGUGUUUGCUGCCACCUUCAGUACAUUCUCCACUCCUCAUCCACGUCUCACCCUCCUGCUCUCUUUCUUCCCUCUUUAUUUGGACAAACUCCUCUUCCCUCAUUAGCAUCCACAAAAUUAGCUUUUGGUGAUGAUACAGAGAAAUAGAAGGAAAAGCCAUCAUAACUUUAUGUCUAUUUGAGUUUCUGUCAUCAUGUUGCCAUAGUUACAGCCGCUGUAUAGAUUGGUGUCCAUAUGAGCCUGGUUACUGUUUAACCUCCCCACCCACAUUUGCCCAGAUUAGGAAAAUCAAUAAGAUAACAGCAGCAACAGCGGCCUUACCUUGCACCAACAACACCGUUCUCACACUACAGCACGCGGCGCGCAACUCCCACAUUUUAGACCUGAUGGUUAGGAAGUUAAAACGUGGAUUUAAACACCACACUCCAGGAGAAACGGAGGACAACAUGGUCAAUGUGAACAAACAAGUCGGUGCAAGUGUGGAGCCGUCGCUUGACUCCUCACCGGCUGAAAGCACCAACAUGAACGCCACAGGCCACCUGGCAGCUGGUAGCUUGUGUGCCAUAUGCGGAGACAGGGCGACGGGCAAACACUACGGGGCCUCCAGCUGUGACGGCUGCAAGGGCUUCUUCAGACGCAGUGUCCGCAAAAACCACAUGUACUCGUGCAGGUUCAGUAGACAGUGUAUAGUGGACAAAGACAAGAGGAAUCAAUGCCGAUACUGCAGACUGAAGAAAUGUUUCAGAGCUGGCAUGAAGAAAGAAGCUGUACAGAAUGAAAGAGACAGAAUCAGCACAAGGCGAUCCAGCUAUGAGGACAGCAGUUUACCGUCCAUCAAUGCACUGAUUCAAGCAGAUGUUAUGACCAGACAGAUCACGUCUCCAACUCCUAUACUCAACGGGGAUGUGAGGACCAAGAAGAUUGCCACCAUCACAGACGUCUGCGAGUCCAUGAAGCAGCAGCUGCUUGUCUUGGUGGAGUGGGCCAAGUACAUCCCAGCCUUCUGCGAUCUGGCCCUGGAUGACCAGGUGGCAUUGCUUCGAGCUCACGCAGGAGAGCAUCUCCUGCUCGGUGCUGCAAAGAGGUCGAUGCUCUACAAAGACAUCCUCCUAUUAGGAAAUGACCACAUUAUUCCCAGGAACUGCCCGGAGCUGGAGGUUGGGAGAGUGGCUGUGAGGAUCCUGGAUGAGCUGGUGCUUCCUUUCCAAGAGCUGCAAAUUGAUGACAAUGAGUAUGCCUGCUUGAAGGCCAUAGUUUUCUUUGACCCAGAUGCUAAAGGUCUGAGUGACCUGGGGAAGAUCAAGCGAAUGCGGUAUCAGGUCCAGGUCAGCCUGGAGGACUACAUCAACGACAGGCAGUAUGACUCUCGGGGCCGCUUUGGGGAGCUCCUCCUGCUGCUGCCAACGCUGCAGAGCAUCACCUGGCAAAUGAUCGAGCAGAUUCAGUUCGUCAAACUCUUUGGCAUGGCAAAGAUUGACAACCUGCUGCAGGAAAUGCUCCUAGGAGGUUCUGCUAACGAAGCUCCACAUGCACCUCACCUACAUCCUCAUCUGGUUCAAGAGCACCUCAGCAGUAACGUCAUAGUGGCCAGCAGCAUGCCAACACCCAUCCACAACGGUCAAAUCUCCACUCCUGAAACCCCGAUCCCGUCUCCACCUACUGCCUCCGGCUCAGAGCAUUAUAAAAUGGCUCAGGGGGUCAUAGCCACAGUGCCCAAGCAGCCCACCUCCAUCCCUCAGCCAACCAUCACAAAGCAAGAGGCCAUUUAAUAAAUGUGAAUUCUCAUCCCGCCAGCUCAUUUGUAGGUUCUACCAGGGUCUUUUCAUGAAAGUAGCAAAAUAUACAAACUAUAAUUACAAGUUACCACACUUAUAGCCUUUCAGGGAUGUGUUUGUACAUAGUAUGUAGGUAAAGUUGAGCUUAAAAGCUUAAGGAAAUCCAGAUAAACUAGAAGCAUUUCAAUUUUCCUGGCAUUUCUGCUGUUCAUUGAGACUGAAAUGUACCAGUUCACUGUUCUCAGCGCUCGAUAUGUUGUGACAUGAGUGUCCUUCAAUGAAAAAAAUAUAGAUGACGCCAGUUUCAUGUGAAUGUUACAACAAGCCUUACUUUGUCACACAUGAAUUGUAGCUAUUUUUUCUUUUUUGAUGUUCAAUAGGGAAAAAAAAAACAAAUUGAGAGAAAGGCUGGAACGGCUUCAGCUUUUUCUUUCUCUUUUAAGUAUUUUUUGAGAGAGCCUCUCUAUGUCUGUGUUUUUUUUUGUAAGCACUGCUAAAAAACAGGAGAAAUUCAGAGAAUCACUGUAAAAACAGACACUAACAUAACCGAAAGUAGCUAUUUGUGCCAAGUGUGCCACUUUUUAAAAGUCACAGGAAGGCAUGCUAAGGAGUUUUACCACUCACAUGUUAUGAUGGUUUAUAAAAAAAUACAAAUUUUACAAAUAUUAUUGUGUUUUUUUUCCCAUUUGUUUAGUAUUUUUCUCAGUUAAACUCAAGAAAUAAAUUGUGCCUUGUGACCUAUACUGCCUUACAAAAUAAGGCAAUGUUGUGCCUUACAAUGUGAAAUUCCUUAAUAAAUCUUACAUCUAUUUUUACAUUG